AUGCCGCAUUCUCAGUACGGUAUGCACCACUACGGGUCUCCCCAGUCGACCUACUCGCCGGGCUAUCCUCCGGUCAGCCAGCAUGCCUACUCGGACUCUCGAUCAACGACAGCUGGGGCUUAUGCGUCGUCAUAUGCAUCAAGUCCAGGCCUGCACCACGAGCAACAACCAAGACGACAAGAUGAGCACACUGUCCUGCCACCGUAUCAACCCCAGCAUUCAUCCUAUGCGCGGAGCGCCUAUGUCCAGCACCAGCCUCUGGAUUCUGUGCGCCCAAGCUCAAGUCCUGGAGGAUAUACAUACCCUGCGCCUCACAGUAACCUCCCUAGCCAGAAUGUGGACAGCAACCCUUCAGCCUACCCACCACCAGCUCUAUACCCACCAACCACGUACGGAAUGAGCGACUACCGUGUGUCCCUGCCGACUAUGUACCCACCAUCGUCGACCACACCCGCUGCGUAUCCUACUUACGAAUCCCCACACGGCAUUCCACCGCCUUCAGCCAGUAACGUGCCUGCGCUUUCGUCGUCUCCCAGUACGCAGAACAACGCUGUGAUGCCACGGGUACUAAACUCGCGGCCGAAGCCUCAAUGCUUCGAACACGGAUGUAACGGGCGACAGUUCUCAACUUUUAGCAACCUUCUACGACACCAGCGCGAGAAGUCAGGAACUGCGACCAAAAGUUCUUGUCCGAGAUGUCAUGCCGAGUUCACACGCACCACUGCCAUGAAAGGACAUAUGCAGCACGACAAGUGCAAAGCCCGCAGACCAUCGGAGGCGUCCAGCAUCUCGCGAUCAUGA